AAAUCACAAUACAUGAAAGUAAAAUGUCAUUUUUUACUUAAUGACAUGACACGAGGUAACAGUUACCUGUCGGUGUUGUAUUUUUAUAUAUUAAAUAUUAAUUGUCAACAAAGUGUACGACACCGUGCAUAUAAUGCUGGUGCAGGCAAUUACACGAAACCGGCCGUUGCUUAACUCCACUCACGACUCUUGUUUGCAGAUUGCGCGGCCAAAUUGAAGCAAUAUGGCGGACUAACACAAUAAUUUUUAAUGCGUGAUACAUACAUAGAUAUAUUACAGUUGUUACCAGAGUACAAUUACCACUGUAAUAAAGCAAAUUGCAGUGAAUAACGGGAUCUUAGAACGAAUUUUACACUGUGUGCGAAUAUUAGUAUCGGGAUUAAUUUAUCUUCACAGAAUUUGAUUCACAGCGACCUCGGUCGUUCGACGGAUUUUGGCUUCGAAACUCAUUUCGAUAAAUUACUCUAAUCAUGUAUUCAUCGUGCUAAUUAACUAUUACAGUGAUUUCAGUGCUGAUUUUUGUUUGUAUGACGAAAUAUGUCGUCCGCACCGACCAAAAUACGAGGUCCAGGAAGACCGCCAAAGUCAAAGAAUAGCUGUACAUGGUGUGGUGAAACUAAACAACCAUUGAAAUAUAUUCUCCCUACACAGAAUGGCAAAAAGGAAUUCUGCUCAGAAACAUGUUUAUCUGAAUCUCGUAAGAGUUAUGCACGAGGUGCAUGUACACAAUGUGAAAGUUUAAUAAAAAAUACACCAGUUAAAUUGGAACAGAAAGAUGGUUUAAAAAAGGAUUUCUGUUCUUCGAGCUGUUUAAAUGCUUAUCAGAAGAAAGACAAUCAAACAGAUACGAAGAAAAAUAAUAGGGAUCUAUCAUCACCUGUACCGUCUCCUGCCCCAUCUGGAUUAUCAACCAGUAAUAAUGUACCAUCAACUACACAGUCUUAUACCAGCAGUACAAAUAAUCAUACAACCGUAUCUAAUUCACCAUCGACAUCCAAUGGACCAUUUCAAUAUGAGACCUUUCAAACUUUCGAUUGGGAUAAUUACUUAAAAGAGACGAACAGCAAAGCGGCGCCAAUUGAAUGCUUUAAGCAGCAUGAAGUUCCACCGACAAAUGAAUUUAAAAUUAAUAUGAAACUGGAAGCAUUAGAUCCGCGAAAUGUAACGUCAACUUGCAUUGCCACUGUAGUAGGCGUUCUCGGACCUCGGCUGAGAUUAAGAUUAGAUGGAUCGGAUAAUAAGAAUGACUUCUGGCGGUUGGUCGACAGUAAUGAGAUACAUCCGAUCGGACACUGCGAGAAAUCUGGUGGGAUGCUUCAACCGCCAUUAGGCUUUCGGAUGAAUGCUUCAAGUUGGCCAAUGUUCCUCUUGAAAACAUUAAAUGGUGCCGAAAUGGCGCCAGGGAAAGUUUUUAAACGCGAACCAAAGACACCACGUUCCAAUUUGUUCCAAAUCGGAUAUAAGCUAGAAGCAAUAGAUAAGAAAAAUCCUCAACUUAUAUGUACUGCAACAAUCGGUGCCAUCAAGGAUGAAAUGAUACAUAUUACAUUUGAUGGUUGGCGCGGUGCUUUUGAUUAUUGGUGCCGUUACGAUUCACGAGAUAUUUUUCCUGCAGGAUGGUGCUUUAAAAGCGGACAUCCAUUGCAGCCACCAAGACAGAAAUCAACAGGCCCCAAUAGAUUUAAGACCAAAAGCAGUAAUGUGUUACUAGUAAUGGCAGUGUCUGGUAGCAAUACUAGUAGAGAACCAGCAGUUGCAUUAGUGAGUCCUGCAGGUUCCAGUGCACCACUACAACCAGCUACAGAACCUGAUACUAGUACAGCCAAUAUCAAACUGCACACAGUUGAAAAUGUUACUAUUUAUGUCAAUCAUAAUUGUGCUUGUGGGCCCUACUUUGAUCCUCGAAAAGUGAAAGCCAUGCCGGCAUAUUUUGGUCCCAGUUCUAUACCAAGUGUUGCCAGAGACCUUUUCCAAGCAUUUUUAAUGGCAGCCAUGAGUACCAAACAAAUGUUGAGUUUAAUAAGACGUGGUGAAGGCGAAACCAUACAUUUGAUUCUGGAAAGUAAGCCAAACUCUAUUAGAUUGCCGGUUUUUGUGGAAGAGGAAGACUUUUAUGUGUACGUUAGGCGGCAACUCGAGGACCUCUGUGCGUGUGAGCAUUUCUUAGUCAGAAGGAAAGAAGCUUGCAACAAAUGCACUAAUACUCAACAACCACAAUCUACUAACAACGAAGAAACAAAUAACACAGUAGGAGAAAAAAGAAGGUGGUCGCCGCCACCGAGUCAACAAAAUUUAACAUCUACUACACCACAGCAGCAUUUACAACAAUUUAAUGUGCAAAGUACAAAUAACUCUACAUCGUCAACCUCUACAACUGCAAAGCAGCCGCGUAAAUCCGUUCCUGAACUUGAAGCAGCAACGUCCACUACUCAAUCUGAAACUUCUACAACUCGCACUCCUUCUAAUGAGCCAGCAGAAUGGACUAUUGAAGAUGUAAUACAUUAUAUUGCCAUUACGGAUCCAGCAUUAGGACAACAUGCAGAUUUGUUUAGAAAACAUGAAAUCGACGGUAAAGCUCUACUUCUCCUCAAUAGUGACAUGAUGAUGAAAUAUAUGGGACUAAAACUCGGGCCAGCGCUUAAAAUCUGCAACUUGGUAAACCGAAUUAAAGGUAGACGGCAUAUACUGAUGUGAUUUUCUCGAAUAUGAAGAUACAUAUAUAGUGAUUUAAACUGAUACAUUUCAACGACCUGGUCAAAUUAUGUGUUUCAGUGACAAAAACAAGCUAAUAUAUAGGUUGUUAAAAAAACAAUGUGAAUAAUGUGAAUGUCACACUGGCAAUUAAUUAAUCCUCGAAAUCACGAUCAUAUAUCGAUAUUCUUAUAGUUUAGGUAAGAUAAAAUCAAAGUUAGGUUCCAACUUUUCAGAACAUCGUAGAACAUCGUUCUAUUCGUUCAGAGGAUCUGUAUUAAUUAGUUGUAAAACAAAUAUUUUUGUUAAUAAAUUUAUCAUUAUCUUAUGAAUACUAGCUGAUUCGACUCCACACGUGUAGCUAGAAUAUCUAAUUUGAUGUAGUACUUGCGUAUGCUCACUAAAAAAAAUACAAGUUUCCUAGGAUUGUAAAUACAUACCGAGUCGUCGCAUUAUAUUUUGCAAGUCCAAUAUUGUGAAAUACAUAUAAGCAAGUUAUUUGUUUUUUCAAGCCAUGCUCGUGAUAUCGUUGAUUAACAAUCUUUAAUAUUAUAUUUUUAUUACAUCCAUUACAAAUAAACCCAUUGUAUGUGUGUACUAUCUAACACAUUGGUAUAGCGAUCCCAUAGAAUUUAAUAAUGUCAAAAGUUCAAAAUAUUUGAUUGAGUUCAUAUCUUCUCGCAAUAUAAGGAUAAAUUAUAUAUUUUCACUGUGUUAGAUAUACACGAUGGUUCGAAUGUAAUUUAAAAACGAUAAUUGUAAUUAUAUACGCAGUUAUAUCGUCUUUAAGUAAUAUAAUUUUACUUGACAGGAAAAUGAUAAAAAUACGUAUAUUAUGCUAGUUGUCUUUUUUUUAUCGUGAUAGUACAUACAUAUUUUUUAUGUAAUACAAGAUCACAUAUCUUGGAUAUAUACACCUUGGAAUUCAAAUUAAAAAAGCUCGAUUAAUAUAUGCAAUUCUUCUCACUACUACUGUGAUAUUCUGGACAAUUUGCACAGGAAUCUAUUAUAUAUUUUGCAGUAUAUUAUAGUUUAUGAAACGAUGAAGUUGCUUUUUUUGUUCAUUAGUUUCAUGAAUUUAUCUUUAUAAUCUGUUAUAUCCGAGAAUCUUAUAUUUUUCUGACAUGACAUCGCUUGUGAAUGUAAAUUAAAUGUUUAUGUUAUAUCAUUUUGUAACAUUUCAAACUUACAAACUCAUUAAAGAUAUAACAUUC